AACAGAUUUAUUAUUCUAUUUACCAUUUUUCCUAUUCCAAGACGGGCAUCUGAAGUACGCCUGCUUACCUUGGAGCAUUUGAGUGUUGUGUGGUGUGAUUUCUGCAGCCAUGUCCGCUCAGGAGCUGCUUGUUGCUGCGGCUCGUCGAUGUCUGCGCGCUGGUAGAAAAUCUCUCUCCGUUACUCAGAGUCUGAACUUGGCCGCUCAGGUCUGUGCUGUUGAUGUAGGAUUGAAGCCCUCUCUGCUGUAUGAUAUCAACGGUGCCGAUGCAGAGCAGCUGCAGGAGUAUUUGAGCUCUUUGCAGUCUCUCCAGCUGGUGUCCAGGUCUCUCCUCGUGAUGAGUUUAAAUGGGAACAGUUUCAUCGUUAAUCCAGCUACGGUAAAAACGAAUAUACAGCAGAUGCUGGAGGACAGCAGCGUCGCAGUGGUCGACGUCUGCCAUUCACUGGAGAGCCCCACGAUUGCUAACCUGCAGAAAUGCGAGCUGAGGAGUGUGGGACAAGAGUUGCUAAAUCUUAUGGAAGAGUUUGAAAAACAUGAGGAGGCUGAAAAACCUCUUUACGUUGGAGAGGGAAUUGAGGACUGGAACCUGUGCUCAGUGUUCGGACUUUUGCUAGGUUACCCGGUCGUCUAUUGGUUUGAUCAGACGACGGGUUUCGAGAACUGCCUGUCGAUGACUCCCCUGAUGGUGAUCACAGCCUCGGCGACAUGGCAGGCAGACGCCACCGCUCACAGGUGUGGCCUGUAUUCCUUCAGCCUCCCAGCUGCCCUGCAGGAAGAGACGCAAUCCAACCUGGACAGCUGGAAACUCCGUCUUCAAGAGAAAUUUGAGCAGCAACACGUUUUGAAAGACCUCAGUUUGAGUCAGUCCCACGUCACUCUGUCCUCUGUGUGUUUGUGAUGUUCAUCUGUUUAAAAUAAAAACAGCUCCGGUACAUUGAGUCUGUCACUCA